UGCAUAUAAUUGAAACAAAGAUAAGUGAAUGAAGUAAUAUAUGAAUGGUAUCCAAGUUUCAGAUGCAAUAAUUUUGAAUUGUCCAACCAUGCUUUCGCUGGGUGAUAUUAAUCACAAUCAAACAAGGCUCCGGGAGGCAGUUGCAGUAGGGCAACCGCACCAUUCUCGUCGGGGCUCAGCCAACCAAAGUUUUGGGUGCCCUUGUUCAGUUCACACACACGAAGAUUCUACAAUUCUUCUUCAUACUGAAACUCCUACGUUGUUUCAAUGAGUCUCUUAGGUAGUAGCUUCCUACCACAAUUGAGCGUCUAGAAGAUCAAAGAUGUCACUUCCAAGAAAUAAAUAAGACUAUUUUCAACUUAUAUAUCAAAGGGGACAAAGCAACUAACUAGCUUUUUGGCCCAACUGUUUGAUCUAAGAAGAUGAUUGUGUACGUGCAUUUGGCCGGCCUCUUUAAUACACGAGGGCAAUCAAUGUCUUUGUCAGCUAGAGAUUCACACAUCUAAAUUAGCGACUUUAGGGGUUGCUUCUACGACGUCUCUGCAUGAUCCUGUCGACCUCUGGGAAGUUUCAGACAUAAUUUCUGCUGCGCCGGUUGAAAGGGUUUUGGCUGUUAUGGAAAGUGCUCAGAAUAUUACUAAUGAGGAAAUGAUAGUGGCAGACAUAACCAUCACACGUCUGUCUAAUUUUCCACAAACCGUGUCAUUUCCUACAUAUAAAUAUCACUAGUUUCCAAGGUCAGUCAGAGCAUACAAAUUCUGCGUUGUGAUAACUGCCAUCAAUUCCUUUACUUCUGAUACCAUCAAUUCCUUUCUGCCAUCUUAAUCUUAUGCUUCUGAAAGCAUGACUGAAACGACCAGUGCUAUUGUGCCCGCAUAUUUGGGGUGUCUAGAUGUCCCUCUUACCAUACACAGAAGGAGAUGGCGUUCGGCAUUUGUCACCAUUUACUGCUCUAGAGCCUUCCAGUCAUUCUUCCAGUCAGUGUCAGUGUCAGACAACAAGGGUUUCAAACUAGACCAAAAAACCCUCACUCGGCUCGUUAAGGUUAAAAGUCUUGAUCAGCUCCAGGAGUUGGGAGGGGUUAAAGGAGUAGCAUCAGCCCUCAAAACUGAUGCAGCGCAUGGAGUUUGCGGUGACGCUGACGAUGUUGCACAGCGACUUGAAGCAUUUGGUUCGAAUACAUACAAGAUAGCAGCAGCCAAGAGGUUCCUCCAUUUUGUGUGGGAAGCAUGCCAAGACCUCACAAUUUUUAUUCUUAUAGGCUGUGCUGCACUUUCUCUUGCUUUGGGCAUCCUAGAGCAUGGAUUAAGAGACGGUUGGAGUGAUGGUGGAAGCAUAUUUCUCGCAGUCAUUCUAGUGAUUUCAGUGUCUGCCAUAAGCAAUUACAGGCAGCAAAGAGAGUUUGACAAAUUGUUAAAAGUCGGUAGCAAUCUCCAAAUUGAAGCUGUGAGAAAUGGCGAGAGACUGCAGAUUUCAAUAUUCGAAAUUGUGGUUGGAGAUGUCAUUUGCUUAAAGAUUGGAGAUCAAGUUCCUGCCGAUGGGUUGCUCUUGAAGGGAUAUUCAUUGGAAGUAGAUGAAUCAAGCAUGACAGGGGAGAGUGACCAUGUUGAAAUCAACCAAAGCCAGAACCCCUUCUUGUUUUCUGGCACCAAAGUGGUUAACGGGCAUGCUCAGAUGCUUGUCACUUCCGUCGGCAUGAACACAACAUGGGGCGAAAUGAUGAGCCAAAUCAGCAGUGAUACAAGUGAACAGACACCUUUACAAGCUCGCAUCCGGGGACUAGCCUCAUCAAUAGGUAUAGUUGGUUUGCUAGUAGCUUUGUCAAAUCUCAUAGUCUCAAAGAUAUACUACUUCACCGGAAAUACCAAGGACAAACGUGGCAACAAGGAGUUCAAUGGGAGCAGAACCAAAGUUAAUCACAUAAUAAUGGCCGUCAUUGGGAUGGUAGGAACUGCAGUUACAAUUGUUGUGGCUGCAAUUCCAGAAGGUUUACCAGUUGCCAUGACGAUUACUCUCUGUUAUGCUAUGAAGAGAAUGAUGGCUGAUAAAGCAAUGGUUAGGAAACUCUCUGCUUGUGAGAUUAUGGGCUCUGCUACCACCAUUUGCACUGACAAAACAGGAACUCUCACGAUGAACCAAAUGAAGGUGGCCAAGUUCUGGAUAGGUGAAAAGCCCGUGGAAGAAGUCUACUCAUCAAUUUCGUCCCGUCUUCUUAGCUUGAUUCAAGAAGGGGUUGCUAUGAACACAACCGGUUCUAGGCACAUUUCAGGAUCUGGAUUUGAAUUUUCAGGCAGUCCUACUGAAAAAGCCAUUCUUUCAUGGGCAUCUUUGGACCUGCAUAUGGACAUGGAGAGAUUGAAAAACAAUUCUAUCAUUCAAGAUGUUGAAGCCUUCAAUUCACACAAGAAAAGAAGUGGUAUUUUGAUCAAGAGGAAGAUAGACAACACAAUGCAAGUACAUUGGAAAGGAGCUGCGGAGGUGAUACUAGCAAUGUGCAACAGUUACCACAAUGCCUCUGGACAUAUAAAAGAUAUGGAUGACGAUGCAAGGGAAAAACUUGAGCAUAUUAUUCAAGGUAUGGCAGCUAGUAGCCUCCGAUGCAUUGCAUUUGCACACAAAGAAGUAUCUGCAGAGGAGCAAGUGGAUCCAGAACAUCAUAAGGCUCUGCUAAAAGACAAUGGCUUGACCCUAUUAGGACUUGUGGGUCUUAAAGAUCCAUGUCGGCCAGGAGUGAAGAAAGCUGUCGAGGACUGUCAACAUGCAGGGGUAAACAUCAAAAUGAUCACAGGUGACAACAUUUUUACUGCAAAAUCGAUAGCCACGGAAUGUGGGAUACUGAAGUCUGAGCAGGACACGAUCAGUGAAGCUGUGAUAGAGGGUGAGCAAUUUCGGAACUACACACCAGAAGAGAGAAUGCAGAAAGUAGACAAUAUCCGUGUCAUGGCAAGGUCAUCCCCUUUUGAUAAGCUUCUUAUGGUGCAAUGCUUGAAGCAGAAAGGUCAUGUAGUUGCAGUGACUGGUGAUGGCACAAAUGAUGCUCCUGCAUUGAAAGAAGCUGAUAUAGGUCUCUCUAUGGGGAUGCAAGGCACUGAAGUUGCGAAAGAUAGCUCAGACAUUGUGAUCAUGGAUGACGAUUUUGCUUCAGUGGCUACAGUUUUGAUGUGGGGAAGAUGUGUGUACAAUAGCAUCCAAAAGUUUAUUCAAUUCCAACUCACCGUCAAUGUUGCAGCACUUGUAAUUAACUUUGUAGCAGCAGUUUCAGCAGGUGAGGUUCCCUUAACAGCAGUUCAAUUAUUGUGGGUGAACUUGAUUAUGGACACACUGGGUGCUCUGGCCCUUGCGACAGACAAACCCACAAAAGAACUCAUGGAGAAUCCACCUGUGAGCAGAACGGAGCCUCUCAUCACCAACAUCAUGUGGAGGAACCUUUUACCUCAAGCUACGUACCAGAUAGCAGUAGUAUUGACCUUACGAUUCAGGGGCAACACAAUCUUUGGUGUAGAUGAUAAGGUACAGGAUACCUUGAUCUUUAACACGUUUGUUCUCUGCCAGGUCUUCAAUGAAUUCAACGCAAGAAAGCUUGAGAAGAAGAAUGUUUUCAAGGGACUGCUCACCAACAAAAUCUUUUUGGGGAUCAUUGCAUUAAUAAUUAUUCUGCAGCUUGUGAUGGUGGAACUUCUGAACAAAUACGCAGAUACAGAGAGGUUGAAUUGGGAGCAAUGGGGUGCAUGUCUUGGAAUUGCGGCCAUCUCUUGGCCACUCGGUUGGGUUGUUAAGUGUCUACCUGUUCCACAGAAACCUAUUCCUAUUGUCAGCUAUCUGGAAGUUAGGAUAUAUAAGAACUCCAGUUAAACUUUGAUGUGAAAGAAACUCGGGGCUGGAAGCAUCAUGCAUUAUUGGAGAUAAGCUGUGGAUAUGUAGAUUAGAGAUGUGGGCUGUAUCAGAAUUUACGCAUUUGAUUUGGCUAUGUUAGAUAUCGGUAGUAUAUAAUGUAGAUUGGAUAAUGCUUAGA